CCAGUUUCCACAGGCUGAGGACGUGACUCUUCCCUCCUCUGUGUGAUACUGAAUUGACUCCAUCAGGGCACAGACCUUAGCUGGGGAGCAUCUUCAUUGACAGUCGGGGUGUGGAUUGAAAUUUUCCUGGCCAGCAGUCAGCAGCACCUCUGAAGGCAAGAAGACAUCUGAGUUUUACAAUGGAGUCUCUUGUUGUAGGAAACAACAAAUUUUGCUUUGAUUUUUUCCAAGAGAUAAGCAAAGAUGACUAUGGUAAGAAUAUUUUUUUCUGUCCACUGAGCCUCUCAGCGGCCUUUGGCAUGCUUCGCCUGGGGGCUAGAAAUAACACUGCACAACAGAUCGAUGAGGUGCUACACUUCAGUGAAUUUUCCCAAAAUGAAAGCAAAGAACCUGACCCUUGUCUAAAAAGUAAUAAACAAGUGCCUCUUGAUAACUCUCCAGAAGGGCCGAAAAAAGCAACAGGAUCUUCGGAUGUCCAGCCUGAAUCCUCAAGUGAUGAGAGUGAGCUGCUUAGCUGUUACUUCGGGAAGCUUCUAUCCAGAUUAGAUGGGAUCAAAGAUUACUACACCCUGAGUAUGGCCAACCGGCUUUACAGUGAGCAGGAAUUCCCAAUUUGUCAGAGUUACUUAGAUGGUGUCCUUCAGUUCUACCAUACGACGGUUGAAAGUGUUGAUUUCCAGAAAAACACCGAAAAGUCUAGACAGAUGAUUAACUUCUGGGUUGAAUGUCAAUGCCAAGGUAAAAUCAAGGAACUGUUCAGCAAGGAUGCCAUUAGUAAUGCGACCACGCUGGUGCUGGUGAAUGCUGUUUACUUCAAGGCUAAAUGGGAAAAGCAGUUUGAUUGUGAAAAUACAGUUGAUGCACCUUUUUUUCUAAGUGAGAAUGAACAGAAGAGUGUGAAGAUGAUGAAUCAGUCGGGCCUGUUUAGAAUUGGCUUCAUCGAGGAGCUGCAGGCACAGAUCCUUGAAAUGACAUACACCACAGGGAAGCUCAGCAUGUUUGUUCUGCUGCCAUCUCCCUCUGAAGACAACCUGAAGGCCCUGCAGGAGCUUGAAAAGAAAAUAAGCUAUGAAAAAAUAACGACCUGGAGCAGUUUAGAAAACCUGUCAGAAGAAACAGUAGCCAUCUCCUUCCCCCAGCUCACUCUAGAGGACAGCUAUGAUCUCAAUUUUGUUCUACAAAACAUGGGUAUGACUGACAUCUUUGAUGAAACGAAGGCUGAUCUUACUGGAAUCUCAGCAAGUCCUACUCUGCACUUGUCCAAAACUAUUCACAAGACCUUUGUGGAGGUGGAUGAAGCUGGCUCCCAGGCGGCUGCGGCCAGUGGCACUGUUGUCGCGGAGAAGUCUGCACCACUUUCGGUGCAGUUUAACGCCAACCGCCCUUUUCUCUUUUUCAUCCAACACAACAAAACCCGAGCCAUUCUUUUCUACGGCAGGGUCUGCUCUCCUUGAAGGGGGCACAAAGAAAAUGGCAAUAUAGUCCUCCCCUGGCAUAGCAUGAGCGCUUGAGUUUCUGCUUCUAUCUAAAGGGAACUGUAUUUUAUUACCAGCUGUGUGCUCUUUUCCUUCUUGAUCUUUCUCUGAGCCUCGAGGUUGAUUUUCAUCUCUUUGUUAGUUAUGAAGGGAUCUUGCUUCCUCCCUAUCCUUUACUACCCUAAACUUUCAGUUACCUUCCUCCUAUGAAGGAAUACUAACAGUGCAAAUCAUUAGAUUGAAACACUUGAGAGGCACCUGGCUCUCUAUUUUUCCUGCAUGUAAUGGAAGGGGUGUGACUUGACUAGGGGCUGUGGUGUCCUUCUCCCACUUCCUCCCCUAAUGGACUGGGACAGCUUGCUCUGGUGUCGUCUCUGGCUCUCUAAUGGUGUCUUCCCUAACUACCUGACUAUCUAUAAGCUCCUCUCCACUCCAUUGUGAGUGCAGCUCACCCAUCAGGAUGACACCCUCUUCCCAACUCCUGCCACUUUAGACAGUACUGAAGGGAGGGUGGCUUCACUGUCGCAUGGCUCAAAUCAGGAAUGAGAGAUUUAGGCCUGUCAUUACUCUCCUUUCCCCACAGCUAGCCUUCAAGGGGAGUCUGGUUUUAGCCCUCCUCGCUCACUGGAUUUCUGCCUAACACCUGAGGGUGCCUUGGAGCACUGCACUGAUCACCGGUCUGUAGUUGGACCUAGCACAGGUCUAUACUUGUUAUAUAAGUAUCACUCCCUACACACGUCUCUGUUUAGUCUAGGAGGACUCCUUCCAGCGUACUUAUCCUCCUGUACUGCAGCAUAGACCCUCUUAUAAUAAAGAGUUGCUUUCAUGGUCCUAUAA